AUGACAAAAAUGAGUUUUACUGCUCUCUCUUCAGCUAUCAAUAUCUUGCUGCAAUCUGGCACUCUAGCCACUGUAAAGGCAGGCUCUAGGAUGCAAGGAAAUGAGACGGAUAAGUUUGCACUGCUUGCGUUCAAGGCUCAAGUAGUGGAGGACCCCUUCCAGGCUAUGAGCUCGUGGAAUGCUUCCACUCACUUCUGCAACUGGCUCGGUGUAACCUGUGGCUACCGCCACCAGAGGGUUACUAUAUUGGACUUACAGUCCAUGAAGCUAGCUGGAGCCAUAUCUCCACACUUGGGGAACCUGAGCUUUCUCAGAGUUCUAUAUCUGCAGAAUAAUAGCUUCACUGGUGAAAUCCCUCCUGAACUUGGCCGCCUGAGAAGGCUACAAGUUCUUUGGCUGCAUAAUAACUCCAUCGGUGGUUCAAUCCCAGCCAACUUAUCUGGCAGCUCAAACCUUACUAUCAUCAAUUUAUCAAAAAAUAACCUGGUAGGGAAUAUUCCUCUUGAGCUUGGAGUACUGACAAGGCUGAAAAAGAUUUCAAUUAAUACCAACAAUCUGAUUGGAUAUCUCCCUUCCGCUCUUGGAAAUCUGUCUUCUCUUCAAUAUCUAUUUGCAUAUGGAAAUAAUUUGGUGGGAAGCAUUCCCGAAGCUUUAUGCCAAAUAAAAAGUCUGAAUGUUCUCUCAGUGUGGGAGAAUAGCUUGUCGGGCACAAUCCCCCCUCCACUCUUCAAUCAUUCUUCUAUCAUAGUUAUUGAUGUGGGAAGCAACCAUAUUGAAGGGACUCUUCCCUCUCAGUUGGGGCAUACUUUACCCAGCCUUGAAUACCUCAGCAUUCGUAACAAUAAUUUUAUUGGUCAAAUUCCUGCAUCAAUAUCAAAUGCCACAAAUCUGUUUGUCUUCCAGAUAGCUAGAAAUUGGCUUAGUGGAAAAGUUCCUACGCUGGAGAAGCUGAAAAAUUUGACAAGAUUUCUAGCUGCUUUUAAUCAGCUUGGAACUGGGGGAGCUAAUGACUUGGUCUUUUUACGCUCAUUGACCAAUGCCACCAACUUGGAGCUACUGGAGCUGAAUUCAAACAAUUUUGGAGGAGUGUUGCCAGAAUCAGUUGGUAAUCUCUCAACCAGUCUUCUGGAGUUGUCUCUGUCAGCGAAUCACAUACAUGGAGAAGUCCCGGCAGGAAUAUGCAAUCUUGUGAAAUUGCAAGAACUCUAUUUGGCAGACAAUAACUUCGCAGGUCACAUUCCACCCCAGAUUGGGAGGCUUCAGAAUCUUCAACGGUCGGCUUUUCUUGGGAAUAAUUUCGCAGGAGCCAUUCCCUUAUCACUGGGAAACUUGACUUUGUUGAGCAUGUUCAGUUUGGCAGAAAACCAACUACAUGGCAGCAUCCCUGCGAGAAUUGGUAAAUGCCAAGCUCUGGUAUAUCUGGAUCUUAGUCACAACAACCUCAUCGGUACAAUACCGAGAGAAGUGUUUGAUCUCUCAUCAUUAUCAGACUGCUUAGAUCUAUCCCAAAACCAGUUGACUGGUACAGUCCCCAUGGAAGUGGGAAAAUUGAAGAAUCUUGAAUACUUAAACCUUAAUGGAAACAUGUUAACAGGAGAGGGGAAGACGAGCAAGACCAUCACUCAGAAAGACAAUUGUAGUAAUUCCAAGAUUUUAGAGACCUUGGCUCCAGUAUUUCAGAUUGCAAUUGCGUGUUCUCAAGAGUUGCCAAGAGACCGGCCAGAUGUGGCCCAUGUUGUAACUGAGCUGCAAAGGAUCAAAGAUGCUUAUCUCAGAACCAGUAGUUAG